CAAGGCGGAGGGGAUCGUUUCCGUUCCAUUGGUGGAAUCACUUCCAUCCUGACUUCGUGGAAGCUGGACUUGGAGACUGUAAAGUAAAAUCAACGACACAGACAGGGAUAAAGGAAGAGAAUUUGGGGCGCAAGGGAAACAUAUUCGCCAUUUAAUUUUCAUCGGAAAACCUGAAUUUCGCGAUCUGAUACGAGAGUCCUAACCCAAACUCUCUUUGAUCUCUCUACUUACCUAAACGUUCAUGGCGCAUCGAAGUGCCAAGCUGUUGUUCUUUUUAUGCGCUUUCUGCUAUUUCCUCAAUGCCAUUGCGGGAAAGACCUAUUACGAUAUACUUCAAGUGCCGAAGGGCGCGUCGGACGAGCAGAUAAAGAGGGCGUAUAGGAAGCUGGCGUUGAAGUAUCAUCCCGAUAAAAAUCAGGGAAAUGAAGAAGCUAAUAAGAGAUUUGCUGAGAUCAACAAUGCUUAUGAAGUAUUGUCGGAUAGCGAGAAGCGAAAAAUCUAUGACAGGUAUGGCGAAGAGGGUCUGAAACAGCAUGCUGCUAGUGGAGGCAGAGGAGGCGGAAUGGGAAUGAACAUUCAAGACAUAUUUAGCUCUUUCUUUGGUGGAGGUUCAACGGAGGAGGAGGAAGAGAAAAUUCCUAAAGGUGAUGAUGUCAUCAUCGAAUUGGAUGCAUCUCUUGAAGAUUUGUACAUGGGAGGCUCGUUGAAAGUUUGGAGGGAGAAGAAUGUUUUAAAACCGGCACCUGGGAAGAGACGCUGUAACUGCAGAAACGAGGUUUAUCACAGACAAAUUGGUCCUGGGAUGUUUCAACAGAUGACAGAGCAGGUCUGUGAGCAAUGUCCUAAUGUCAAAUAUGAAAGGGAGGGGUAUUUCAUCACUGUUGAUAUUGAGAAAGGCAUGCAGGAUGGGCAGGAGGUUCUGUUUUAUGAAGAUGGUGAGCCCAAAGUGGAUGGUGAAGCUGGAGAUUUAAGGUUUCGCAUCCGGACAGCACCCCAUGACCUCUUCAGAAGGGAGGGCAAUGACUUGCACACCACUGUCACUAUAACACUGGUUCAAGCACUAGUUGGUUUUGAGAAGACCAUUAAACACCUGGAUGAACAUCUGGUGGACAUCAGUUCAAAGGGAAUUACGAAGCCAAAGGAUGUCAAGAAGUUCAAAGGGGAGGGCAUGCCGUUGCAUAUGAGCACUAAGAAAGGAGAUCUGUACGUAACUUUUGAGGUUCUUUUCCCCAGGACUCUAACGGAGGAGCAGAAAACACAGAUAAAAUCAGUUCUUGGUUAGGGUCCAGAGCACAAGUUACUUAGUCCAACAUGUCCUCAACCUAACAUUAUUAGGUUCUCGUUGAGAAGGAAAGCCACGGGGGUUCCCCUUUUUUGUUAGUUGAAAAAUAGGUGUAUACUUACCAUUCUAAUCAUUGCGCAUGUUGUAACCUGCCUUCCUGAGUUAUGGUGUAUUUUUUGUCAUCUUCUCUUUACCAGUGGGCAAGGAAAAUGUGACACAGUAAAAUAUCUCAUCCUUGAUUGUCGUCCCUGAAGUCUGAAAUCGUUUCCCAGUGAAUUACACGUUCUUGUCAGACUCUUUAA